AUGUCAGAAGAAGCAGAAGUGAGCAACAGCAACACACCCGCGUUCGACGCCAAGUCGCCCGUGCAAGAGGCAUCGCGCAUCGCCCUCCAAGGCGCCGCCGUCGGCCUCGUCCUCAGCUCCGUCCAAAAUGCCCUGGGCACACAUUCUCAUGGCGCGAUGGGUGUGGUGACGAGAACUGGGGGUACCAUUGGCUUCUUUGCUGCUAUGGGAGCUGCUUUCAAAUUCACAGAAACUUACGUCGCCAAUGAGCGACAGAAGAACGAUGCGCUGAACGGAGCUGCUGGUGGCUGCGCCGCUGGCUUCCUUGCUGGUCUACGUUCCCGCUCACUUCCAAUGGCACUCGGCGGUUGUGCCUUCCUUGGUCUCGCAAUUGGAGGCUUCGAUUACACAGGACAAUUGACUGGAUCAACAGAAACAAAGGACGAGAGAAGAAAGAGGUUCUUCAAAUCCCCACCACCACCACUCGUAGAAGUCCCAUCAGAGUAA